AGAUCAGAUGAUGCCAUUUAGUGAGUGCGACCGGCCGGCGGUGAGCGUCUGUUGUCUUCGCAUAAAUUUUACGCAGUGUGCAUCAAAACACAACCAUCAACAACAAACAGCUAUUAAAAAGCUUGCUAGUGUGUCGUUGCUGUUUUGCGGUGUUUUUUCUUUGGCAGAAGAGAAAAAAAAUAUAUGUAUCUGCAACAGACGGAUGCAAACAAUUGCUAAAGCGUUUUUUCAUAGCCUUCGACUCGCCGCUUGGACGCACCGAAACGGACAAGUGUGCAUAUGAUGAGGAUGAUUUAUUUUUAACAAGAAUUGUGAACAUGUAAAAAAGACAUUGUGGCGCUAUAAACAAGAAAAAAACGAAAACAAAAACAUUAGAGAUCAGCAAAUUCAGUGGUUCUUCACAACGGCAUUGAAUAAUGAAAGAUAGACAUUGAAUGUUUCUUCGAAUGCUACCGACCGACUUUAGCUAACAGUUUGCAAAGGGAGCGAAUGAAAUUAUAUCAGUCUUUUUGCAAAUUCAUGCUGUCAAUGUCAAAACAAAUGUCAUCAUCUUCAGCAUCAUCAUCAGCACCAGUAGGAGCAGCAACGGCGACAGCCCGUAUUACCCGCAGCAACGAUGUUGCAUAAAUGAGAUGUUGGCAAAGGGGCUAAGAUUGUACAUGUCCACAUGUAGUUGAGGUGGCAUGCAACAGCAUUUCAACGUGACACAGUGCCAUUUUAGAGCGCCGCUAUAUCAACAACGCCUGCGGCUACAGAAGCAUUACCAGACAUUGGAACAGUGUCACUGUCACAAUCGAACAGGCCUCAGAGUAAAUGAAAGUUCCUCCAUUUAGUUUGAACACCGACACCCAGACAGCAUUCCUGCAUUAAACGCAUAAAGAGUUGUUCUGUGCGCUUUCGCCCAAAGGAAGACAUGUAGAGAUCAUCCUACUCGUCAGAAAUAGCAUCGAAUCCCCCGGCAUGCUUGUACAAAGAUUAAAUGGGGGACUUGUGCGUUGCUAUGAUAUCUCAAGGAAAUCCACCGGAUAUGCUGGUUGUCAGGGCAGAGCCGAAUGAAUCACAGGCUCCAACUCGCUUAGACAUUUCAAAUGAGUUGUCAGCCUACAUUACUCGGACAUCGAAUAAAUCACAGAUACAAUCAAACAAACCGCCUCUGGAAGCUGCCAUAGUCUUGAAUGUCAAAUGUGACUGCGGCAUUGGGGAGGAUAAUGCGGUAUGUGCAUCACAGGGUCUUUAUUGCACACACUCCGUCCAUUGUUAUGAGUUGCCAAUGAAAUUUUCAUUUUUACCAAUUACGUCAGCCGGCCUGAGCGGCGAAGCAACUGCUGAUGGGAAAUAUUUGGCGGACCAGAAACGUUGGUGGCCACCUCCAGUAUUUAUAAUCUUCAUAUCAUUACUAGAGGUUGGUGUUUUCAUUUACGAUUACAUAACCGUGAAGCCGCACAGUAAGCUGAGUAGUACCAGUAUUCCAAGUGAAUCGUUACUGAUUUAUCGUCCAGAUCGCCGCCUGGAGAUAUGGCGUUUUCUCACCUACAUGACAUUGCAUGCAAAUUGUUUUCAUUUGGCUUUCAAUGUCAUCGUUCAGCUACUCUACGGGCUGCCGCUGGAGCUGGUACAUGGCUCCGCACGUAUCGCAGCCAUAUACAUGGCUGGCGUGCUGGCCGGUUCACUCGGCACCAGUGUCAUCGACUCCGAGGUAUAUCUGGUGGGAGCGAGCGGUGGCGUUUAUGCCCUACUGGCAGCUCAUCUAGCCAAUGUCAUGAUAAAUUUUGGCCAAAUGCGUUACGGCGCCUCCCAACUAAUGGCAUUAUUAAUAUUCGUUUUCUGUGAUACGGGCUAUGCUUUCUACAUCAAAUAUAUUGCAGAGCAGGGAAUGUUCCUCAUACCAUCCGUGUCGUACAUUGCCCAUCUGACUGGAUCCUUGGCAGGUUUCUCUAUUGGCCUCUUAGUUUUAAUAAAUUUUGAACACGAAACCAAAUCGAAUUUAAUCCGCUGGCUGGCGUUUGGUGUGUAUGCGACAUUCACUCUCUUUGCUAUCGCAUUCAAUCUGGUCAAUACGAUCACUGCGCAAAAGCUCGAGGAAGAGGGUGAAUUAUUUAGCAAACAUUUGUUGCAUAAUUUAGGCAUCUCUUAAGAUAUGACUAUGACGAUAUAUGAUAAUAAACCAAUACUCGCACUCUAAUGUAGUUCUAUAGGAGUAUUUAAAAUAAGUUACAUAGUUUUUAGUCCUAAGACAUGAUGACUGGCAAGUGUUGUUGUGAUCAAGCCAAAGACUGAAAAACAAUAAAAAUAACACACUCACUUAUAGGCACCUAAAUCCAAAGAGCACAUUAUUUAUACAACAUCCUUAUACAUUUAGUGGUUAUAAAUUAUCUAAUAUCUUAUAUUGGUGGUAAAUGCUUUACGUAUUAUCUUUGAAUACCAUAGCAUAUAAAGUCUGCGUUCAAAUAAUGUAUUUUAUACCCAGCACCAUAGAAUAGGGGGUAUAUUCAUUUAGUCAUCCCGUUUGCAACACAUAAAAAAAGAAAAUUCGGAGGCGGUUUUAAGAUGUCCUUGUGCCUGUCAGUUGUAAUAAAUUGAGAUACUGGGCAAAAACUUUGCACAGGCACGUAUUUUUCUAUAUUCAGGUUAAGUUCUUGAAUGGGUCAAAUCGGAUUAUAUUUGGAUAUAGCUAUCAUAUAGACGGAUCUGGAGGUCUCUUUGUCCGAUAUCCGAUCCGAAAAUGGUCUUUAUCGGACUAAUUUACAUAAAGCAGCCAUAUGGUACGAUCUGCCGAUUGAGAGUCUAAAGUCCAUAACAGGCGCAUUUAUUACCUGAUUUUGGUGAAAUUUGGAACAGUUAGUUUUAUAAGGCCCAUCGAUAUCCGACCCUAAUAAGAUCUAUAUUGAACUAUAUUUACAUACUAGAUGGACAGGGCCCGCUCCGCUGCUCCUUCUUUCACUCUAUUAUUUUUUGAGCUCUAACGCCUGUUUGGUGGUGCUGGUACGGCCUUUCAGAUAUUUCGCCCCAAUGUGGAUAUCAUAUUGGUGCUCUACUUCCAAAUUUCUUAUAUUUGAGCCUUAUAUUGCUAUGGCCGAUGAAUAUGUCUGGUAUAAGGGUUUUUUUUUGGGUGAGGUGGACCCCCAGUAUCUGUUUCGUGAUCUAGUCUCGAAUACCUUUCAUU